AUGGCGCCAAAAUCGCCAUCCCGCGCGCUCCCACCAACCCCCCUCCUAAGCGACAACGUCCACAGCGGAAUCCCCAAGAACCUCGAGGGGGACGCAAAGGUAGCUAAGGAGCGAUUGUACUCUAACAAGACCGUCCCCGACAGUGUUCCCCGCGAACGCGACGUGCCGAGACUGCCGCCGAAUACAACGAGGGCGAAGUUCGAUGCAGCGAUUGCAGAGCUCCGGCAGCGACUUGGGGAUGAACAUGUCCAGUUGAAUGAUAGGCCGUUGGUGGAUGGGUGGUAUAUGGAGCAUCCGAAUACACACGACGCCUUCCACAUCGCCCAGCAAGAAGAACUCGUUUGCAGCGCAGUCGUGUACCCCUCGUCCACCGAGGAAGUGCAAGAAAUCGUCCGUUGGGCAAAUCGCCACACAAUCCCCAUCUACCCGAUCUCCAUGGGCCGCAACAUCGGCUACGGCGGCGCAGCCCCCCGAGUGCCAGGCUCCGUCGUGGUCGACCUCGGGCGCCGUAUGAAUAAAGUCCUCAAGAUAGACGGGAGCAGUGCGUCGUGCAUGGUUGAGCCGGGCGUCUCGUAUUACAAGCUCUACGAGGAGAUUCAGAAAUCCGGCCACCCGCUCUGGAUUGAUUGUCCCGAUCUCGGUGGUGGUAGUGUCAUGGGGAAUGCGCUCGAUCGGGGAGUUGGGUAUACCCCCUACGGCGACCACUUUGCGAACCACUGCGGGAUGGAAAUCGUCCUCCCUACAGGCGAACUCCUACGGACAGGCAUGGGGGCGUUACCGGGCAAGGACGGCGCAGAUAACCCUGUGUGGGAAUCCUUCCAGCCCGCAUACGGGCCCUACUCGGAUGGGAUCUUCAGCCAGAGUAACUUUGGCAUUGUGACCAAGAUGGGAUUUUGGCUUAUGCCUGCGACGGGGAGCUUUUCGUACAUGGUCACCUUCCCGCGCGACGAUGACUUUGAGCAGAUCAUUGAAGUCAUUCGACCCCUGGCUCAGAGAGGUGUGUUUGGGAACAUCCCACAGCUCCGCCACGUCAUCCAGGAACUGGCCGUUACUGGUAAACCGAAGAGUACCUGGUACAGUGGCAAAGGCCGGAUGCCCCGGGACACAAUCGCCGCCUGCGCAAAGACACAGCCCUGCGGAGAUGUCUCGUGGGUCUUUUACGGGUGCCAAUACGGCACAGACGCCGCGAUAAAAGCACAGAUGGAUAUAGUCCGCGAGGCAUUCGGUACGAUCCCUGGAAGCCGAUUCCUGUACGCAGACGAUCUCCCCAAAGAGCACUACCUGCACGACCGGGCCAAGGUCUUUGCGGGCGUGCCUGUCCUCCGCGAACUCGACUGGUUGAACUGGGUGCCCAACGCAGCGCACAUCUUCUUCAGCCCGAUUGUGCCGACACGUGGGAAAGAUGCGAGAGUCGUCCAUAAUAUCAUUGAGAGGUUGCACGUGAAAUGGGGCUUUGAUCUCUUCCCCACACUUACGAUCGCCGGCCGCGAGUCACACUACAUCGGGAACAUCGUGUACAACCGCUUCGACGCAGACGAGAAACGCCGCGCAACGGGACUCAUGCGCGAGCUCAUCGCCGAGUGUGCAGCCGAGGGGUACGGCGAGUACCGGACGCACCUGCUCUUCGCAGACCAGGUCGCUGCAACGUACGGGUGGAAUAACCAGGCGCUGCGCCGGUUCAAUGAGACUAUCAAGGAUGCACUUGAUCCGAAUGGGAUUCUUGCCCCGGGUAGGAAUGGGAUCUGGCCGAGGGCGUAUCGGGGGAAAGGGUGGGAGAUUACGGCUGAUCGGGAUAUCCAGGGGGGUGUUGUGCCUGUCAAAGCGGGUGAGAAGGCGAAACUUUGA